CUCUAUGUUCAUCUGAAUAAACAUAGAUCAUAGAUGUUAUAAACAAUUGAAGAUUUCAUUAGAAAUACAAAUUGUCUGCCUAUAAAUUUAUGAAAAAAAAAUAUGGAAGGUGCUGAAUCUAAAGUACUUGUGAAAUGGAGCGGUCGCGAGAUCGAAAUAGAAUAUGGUCCAAAUGAAACGGUGUUGGACUUGAAAAAUUCCAUUUAUAAACAAACAAAAGUAAAGCCUGAAAGACAAAAAUUAUUGAAUUUGAAAUUCAAAGGUAAAACACCAGAAGAUUGUUGUUGCUUAUCGUCAUUGAAAUUGAAAUCUGGUUUCAAAAUAAUGAUGAUGGGUUCUCUGGAGGAAGAAAUUGAAAAAGUAAAUGUGGAACCUCAAGAUAUGCCAGAGGUUAUAAAUGAUCUUGAUAUAGAGGAGGAGGAAGUAGCUAUAGAAAAUCAAGAAGUUUAUCUUGCAAAAAUUGAAAAGAGGAUAAAAGAUUAUGAAGUCAAAAUUCUAAAUGACCUCCGUCCAGAUAAAAAAUUACUUGUACUAGAUAUAGAUUACACACUUUUUGAUCAUAGAUCUUCUGCUGAAACUGGAAAUGAGUUAAUGAGACCCUAUUUGCAUGAAUUCUUAACAUCUGCAUAUGAAGAUUAUGAUAUUGUAAUUUGGUCUGCAACUGGAAUGAAAUGGAUUGAGGAAAAAAUGAAAUUAUUGGGGGUAUCAUCUCAUGGCGCAUAUAAAGUUGCCUUUUACCUAGAUUACCUGGCUAUGAUCUCUGUUCAUAUUCCAAAAUAUGGUGUUUUAGAUGUUAAACCACUAGGAGUAAUAUGGGGAAAAUUUCCCCAAUUUUCUCCCAAGAAUACUAUUAUGUUUGAUGAUAUCAGAAGGAAUUUCAUAAUGAACCCUAAAAAUGGGCUUAGAAUACGUCCAUUUCGGCAAGCUCAUUUGAACAGAGGAACUGAUCAAGAGCUUUUGAAGCUAUCAAAAUAUUUGAAAGAUUUAGCUGAAAAUUGUGAUGAUUUUUCAUCAGUGAAUCAUAGACAUUGGGAGAGAUACAAUCCUAAACGAAGACGCUGAUGAUAACUUUUUAAACAAAUUUUAAUACUCCAAAACAUGAACUAUGUUCUUACAAUUCAAAAUAAAUUUUUUCUGAAGAA